AUGCGAAACGAUCCUCCUGGGGACAGGCGAGACAACCCUUCAGAAAGGGACCGUUUCCCCCAAGACCCAACAACAGAUCCUCGUCCUUUUGAUUUGACCGAUCCGGAGCAGAUGCCAAGCCUUCCAAGGACUGACUACCUGGAUGCUCCGCUGCCUCCGCCAGUGCCCAUGAUCCCAGUGGCACAAAGACCCCUUUCUCAGCAGGACUGGUUCCAUGGCUCCCUCACCCGGCAAGAGACGCAGGCCCUGCUGUCCAGCGAAGGAGACUUCUUGGUGAGGGAGAGCCAAGGCCAGCCUGGAGGAUACGUCCUGACGGUGAUGAGCGGAGGACAGUGCAAGCAUUUUAUCAUCCAGUGCCUGAAGGGCAGAUACUGUUUUGAGCCAGCUGGCCCCAGUUUCUCCAGCAUCCCUCAACUGAUUCGCCACCACUUGAAAACAUACCAGAGGCUCACGGUGAGAUCCCCUGCAGUUUUGCGCACUCCUGUUGUACGGGCUAAAUGGGACCUCAGCCACGAGGAUGUGAUUCUGGGAGAGCUGUUAGGCAGUGGGAAUUUCGGGGAGGUAUACAGCGGCCGCCUCUUCUAUGACAACACCCCUGUGGCUGUGAAGACCUGCAGGGAACGGCUUGCUCCGGAAACAAAGGAGAAGUUUCUCAUGGAGGCCAGGAUCCUGAGGCAGUACUGCCACCCAAAUAUCGUCCGCAUCAUCGGCAUCUGUGCACGGAAACAGCCCAUUCUCAUCGUGAUGGAACUGGUGUCUGGUGGGGAUUUCUUGUCCUUCUUGCAGUUGGAAGGGAGCCGGCUCUGGGUGCGAGAUCUCAUCCGCUUUGCAAUUCAGGCUGCAGCUGGCAUGGCCUAUCUGGAGAGCAACCGUUGCAUCCACAGAGAUCUGGCUGCUCGAAACUGUCUGGUGGGGGAAGGCAGUGUCCUCAAGAUCAGCGACUUUGGUAUGUCCCGGCAGGAGGAGAGUGGUGUCUACUCAUCCAAGCAAGGCCUGAAGUACAUCCCGAUCAAAUGGACUGCGCCCGAGGCUUUGAAAUACGGCCGGUAUUCCACCGAGAGUGACGUCUGGAGUUAUGGCAUUCUCUUAUGGGAGAUCUUCAGCUUAGGGGGCACUCCGUACCCUGGAAUGUCUAAUCAGCAAGUGAUCAGCCAGGUGGAGAGAGGCUUUCGGAUGAGAGCCCCAAAGCGUUGCCCUAUGGACAUCUACGAUCUGAUGCUGCGGUGCUGGGACCGUGACCCCCAUGGGCGCCCAACAUUCUCUGCCAUCUACAAGGAGUUGCUGCAGCUUCACUGGGAUCCUGAAUGA